AUGUUGAAUUCGUUUGAUCAAAAGAAACAAAAAAUUUUACAAGAAAUACAAUCUGAUGAUUUGGAUUUAUCACCAAAAGGUACAAUUGAUGAGCUAUGUAUUCCAAUUAUAAAUUUAAUCAAUUCGAAUGAUGACAUGGUUACAACUUCAUCCUGCUCAGGUAGGGUUUCAGUUUAUUUAGAAGGUACAAAAUCGAAUCGUGCUGUUGUCUCCAAAGGAAAUCAUGGACGUUGGUUAUUUGUAACUCAUGAACCACACGAUUUGAAAGAUUGGACAAGCAAAAUAAAUUUUGUUUACACAUCUUCAUUUCCCGACCCGAAUGCAAGGUUGAUCUUAUAUAAAUUUGAACCAUUAAUUCUACACGUUAAAUGUAGAAACUUGGAAACUGCUAAUAAAUUAUAUCAAGUAGCUAUGAAUAAUGGUUUUAGAGAAAGUGGCAUUGGAUCGAACUUUAAUGUUGCAAUUAGAAUAUCAAUAAAACUAGAUAUACCGAUUGGGUAUAAAUCACCAAAAGAUGAGGAAUUUGAAGAAGAUAUAUUAAAUCUUUUUGUAACAAAGGAUUACAUAAAGUAUAUAGAUCAAUUGUCAUUAGAAAGAUUUGAAGAAAAUAGUAAGAAAUUAAAUCAACUAUACAAAGCAAUUGAAAAAGAUUUAAGUAAUGGAACAGUAUUAACGAUAAAAACAAAUAAACCAAACUGGGAAUCAAAAGAAGAAAGAAGACGAAGAAUGGUUAAAGAAGGAUUGAAAAGACAAGAAGAAUUGAGGGAAUUGAAGCAGGAUCAAAUUCAAUAA